AUGGCUGGCGGUGUUUAUCCCAUGGACCAGAUGCAACAUCUCCCUGAACAACCCCCAACCCCGACAAAAGGGACGGGAUUUGGCACGGAAUUCUUCAAGAUCUUCGGCAGCCAGCCCAAAAAGACCACUACCCGAGGUGCGUUGAACCGGGCAACACACGACACGCGAUUCCUCCCCUCCCCUAACUCUCCUCCAGAUGGUCAAGCCCCGAAACGUCGAGGCCCCAAGCCCGACAGCAAGCCCGCCCUGACUCGACGACAAGAGCUGAAUCGUCAGGCCCAGAGGACCCAUCGCGAGCGAAAGGAACAGUAUAUGCGAGCCCUCGAGACCGAGGUGUCGCGGUUACGGGAGGCCUAUACCAAUGAAAUCUCCGAUGCGAACGUCACGAUUCAGAAACAGAAGGAAAUGCUGCAGUUGGUCCGCGAUGAGAAUGAAAUUCUCAAGGAAAUCCUCGUCGCCCACGGAAUUCAGUACGGAGAUGAACUGGAGAAGCGCCGGUCUGAACGCCCACCUGUUGUGUACCGACCUAGCCCAGUGGCAGCCAGCAGCUCCGGAUCGCAGACGGCCGGGUUCGCCCACUCUGCAAGCCAGCAGAACACCACGCCCGGCACGUCCAUUUCAACAGGAAUGAGCCCCAAGGUCACCGCGGUGGACCAACCCGAAGUGUCACCGCCGGUGGCAUUCGCGCCGCAGCAGGUGUACCACUCCAGCUCGGCCGACCACUUCGGAUCGCUCGAUCGUUCCGCAUGCCAGAUGGCGGAUUCCCCGGUGCCGGCCAUGCGCGGUGUUUUUGAAACCGACCCACAGCUCCAGGUCGACUUUAUCUUAACACUGGAAGGACCCUGCCGUGAACAUACAGACUAUCUCUGCCGCCGCUCAAUAACCGAAGCCGACGACGAAGACAUGCCGUUCUCCGGCCAUGCAUUGAUGGCAACCUGUCCACCACCAAGCUACAUCACCCGCACAACCCCCGAACAAACAUACCCACACAAGACCUACGACCUGCCACUCGCCAACCUAAGCACGCUACUAAACCUGAGCCGCCAGCUCGUGACGGAAGGCCAGAUCACACCGAUCAUGGCGCUGCAAUGCCUCAAGAACCACGAGCUCUACACCACGCUCAGCCGCGACGACGUCAAGAUCAUCAUCGAAACUCUCAACACCAAGGUCCGCUGCUACGGCUUCGGUGCCGUCGUUGAAGACUUCGAGCUCAUGGAUUGCUUGAGCAGCGUGGUCGGUACCAAGGUCGACGCCGGUGUCUCGCGGGUUCCUGACGACUCCAUGUACGCGUGA